AUGGCUCAGAACUCCGCCUCUCAUAAUCCAAUCGGUGUUUCGUUUGGUAACCUGACGGACCCACCACCACCGGUUGAUGGUGAUACGAAGAAGAAGAUUUUUGAAGCUGUAGAGAAGGAUCCGACAGGCCAGAGUCUAGGGGGUCCCGGUAAAGAUGAUUUAGAAAAGUCGAAAGAGGCCUUGGAUCUUGAGCGUCAGCGCGCCGAGACAACGACCAAGUUCGCCCGGACAAGCCAUUAA